GCCCCGUCGAGUCUCUUCGCUCCGUCGAUCCAACAAUCCGCUCGGUUAACGCCGUGAAACAGUGCUGAGAGCGGCGGCGGUCCCUCGGUGAAACACUUUGACAGAGCCGGAGCGGUUUGGAGAGGAAGAAUGGCGGAUUCGAGCAGCACCGCAGCGGUCGGGGCCGCAGGCUCCAACAGCGCUGCUGCUGCUGGGGCGGCUGGCACUGUUGCGCAUGAAGGAGCGCCCGGAGCUGCGGGACCGAAGCCCGGGUCCGAGUCCGUGAAGGGCCAAAUUUUUGAUGUGGGCCCCCGCUACACGAACCUGUCUUACAUCGGGGAGGGGGCGUACGGAAUGGUGUGCUCCGCUCUGGACAACAUGACAAACCAGCGCGUAGCCAUCAAGAAAAUCAGCCCAUUUGAGCACCAGACGUACUGCCAGCGCACACUGAGGGAAAUCAAGAUCCUGCUGCGUUUCCACCAUGAGAAUAUCAUCGGCAUCAACGACAUUCUCAGGGCACGGCACAUUGACAACAUGAGAGAUGUCUACAUCGUGCAGACCCUGAUGGAGACGGACCUGUACAAGCUGCUGAAGAGCCAGAGGCUAAGCAAUGACCACGUCUGCUACUUCCUCUACCAGAUCCUGCGAGGCCUCAAGUACAUUCACUCUGCCAACGUGUUGCACCGUGACCUCAAGCCCUCCAACCUGCUCAUCAACACCACCUGCGACCUCAAGAUCUGUGACUUUGGCCUUGCACGGAUAGCCGACCCCGAGCACGACCACACAGGCUUCUUGACCGAGUACGUGGCUACACGUUGGUACAGGGCUCCAGAAAUCAUGCUCAACUCAAAGGGCUACUCUAAGUCCAUUGACAUCUGGUCAGUGGGCUGUAUCCUGGCUGAGAUGUUGUCCAACAAGCCUAUCUUCCCUGGGAAACACUACUUGGACCAGCUCAACCACAUACUGGGCAUUCUUGGCUCUCCAUCUCAAGAAGAUCUGAACUGCAUCAUCAACAUGAAGGCAAGGAACUACUUGCAGUCUCUGCCCGACAAACCCAGGGUCCCAUGGGAAAAGCUUUUCUACAAGGCAGACUCAAAAGCCCUGGAUCUGCUGGGCCGCAUGCUGACCUUUAACCCCAUCAAGCGCAUCAGCGUUGAGGAGGCCCUGGCUCAUCCUUACCUGGAGCAGUACUAUGAUCCCACAGAUGAGCCUGUAGCAGAGGAGCCCUUCACUUUCUCCAUGGAACUGGACGACCUUCCCAAGGAGAGGCUGAAGGAACUGAUCUUCGAGGAAACGGCUCGUUUCCAGGAAACCUACCAGGGCUCCUGAGACACAGUCCUAAGGAGUGACAAAAGCCACACGGAGGCUUGGAACAAGAAGACCCCAAACGACAAGCUAAAACAAAAAGAAAAAUGCAUCUUCAAGAAACCAACAAAAAGAGAAAACAAGAAAUAUGAACAUUUAACUGCUUAUCUUUCCAUUUCUACUGCAAGAGAGAGCUAAGUUUAAAUUUGAUUUCUGUGGUUGGGUGGGGUGGUCGGGUCUGUCGUACUGUUUCAGUUUCGUCCAUGUUGGACUCCUCCCUCCUCUCGCCUCAUGUUUGGUUUCUCGUGUUUGUUUUUUUUCGUCCCAUCUGCAGUAACUCACUGCCCCUCUCCUCAUCAAACCUUCAUUCAUGUCGCUGAUCUGUCUGAGCUCUCCUGUCUCUCCUCUCUAAGUAGCCUCCUCUCAUAUAUACACAUACUACUGUAUUAACCAACACCAUAACUUUCUUGUCUUGAUCCAUGUAAAUCUCAACCUGGAAAAAAUUGAGGGCUAAAAGCACGGGGAUGCUAAUCGGGUUUGUGUAUAUACAUACAAAAAAAUAUAGAAGCGUUUUUUCUUUCUUUUCUUUUUUAAUGUGCUUGUCGCGGUUUUCGUUUGUACACCAUUGUUUCAGUGUUUUCGGUUCUACUCGGAGUCGUAUUUGUAUGUUUUGGGGUUUAUAUUUGCGAGUCAUUUUUCAACACUUUCUUUUUGAGACAGACUUUCAGUGUUUUUACUGGCAUGUCGGCAGGAGUUCUUUGUUGUCGCUCUUUUCUUUUUUCUAAAAAACAAAAAAAAGUGUAUGAUGUUCAUAUGAAUGCAUGCAUUCCUGAAAUUUACCAAAGUGGCAGAGAGAUGCAAGGAACCUGGCUGGCGAGCGACAUAGGAAUAUUUGUUUUUGAACACAUUUCUUGACCUACACCUUGGACCAAGAGCAGAAAAACUGUACUCUCCGUUUAUUUUUGGAAGGUCUUUUAUAUCCAGGAGGUGCUGCGUGAAUUGAACUAAUUGGAUAGAAACAAAAACUAUUAAAUCAUUUCCAUAAGUUGCAUGCUUGAUGAGAUCUUGUGGCUUUGAUGCCAAAGCCCCAUUUUCCAGAAUCUUCACGUCAAAUCAGUUUGUUUUAUCUUCUUCUCACUGCGGUGCUGCCCAGCUGCACCCACAUUAUCGCCACACCGUGAGAAUCACACUUGAAACAUCUGAAAUUGAACGCCCAACCUCCGUCAGUGUAGGUUUAAAAUGUUUAUUUGUACAAACACGGAAACUGAUGUGGAAAUGCUACCAAAUCCGAGUGUAACAUUACUGUAUCACCUACAUUCAGCCGUCGUUCUGUAUUGAAUUACAUUCCUGUAACAAAUCCAAAGCGGCAGACUGGUGAAGCUCUCUGUGCAAAGUUUGCUUAGAACCAUUUUUAGCCAACACUCAUUCUGGAAAAUGGGGUUUGUUUGACAACCUUUCACAUCCCACAUUUUUUUUUUUUUUUUCUGUCUGCUGCAGUUUGACUCAGGACAGCUGUUGUGUAGAGUCAAACGCAGCCAGAGGCCUCAGCUGGCCCUGAACAGAUUAAUGCAAACUCCAACAGGUAUUUUUAGAUUAUGAUCAGUUCGGCUUAUAGCGCAGAGAAAAACAAAUUACAUCCUAGUAAGUCGUCCCUGGACCGAUUUCAUCAGAAUGGAAUGCACUUCCAUCAUCAACACUUGAUUUUCCUGCUGUGACAUGCCAGUGUGUCAGCUGUGAAAAAGAUCUGAUGAUGUGAGUGCUGAUUGUUUAGUCGCAAACUUUUACAAGAGCAGCGCCUGGUGUACGGCCCCCUUAGAAAACUGUGUUUAGCCUGAUUAAUCAACUACAAAAUCCCAGGAAUGUACAGUUUCACCUGCUCCGUGCACAGUCGAGCGACCGUCAUCAGUCCGUGGUUGCACUGUGCACACCUCAGUUCGCCCCCCUCUGCCUGUUUUCUGUCCCUUUUGCCUGUUUGUGUUUUCCCGGCUUCCUGUUAACAUACCAAGUGUUUUAUUUCUCAGAGAUGGCGUGUGCAUGUCCUCUUAUCUCUGUCUGUUCAUUAUCCCCCUUCAGCUGUGUCUUUGUUCUGGAUGUGACUGUACUAACUGCUGCUUGGUUGGAGCUCCACUCGUGGGUCCAGUUCAGUCUGCACUAAUUAUUAUUUUUUUGCCUGUUGUACUGAAAAAGGCUCACCAAAAAAUAUAUAUAUAUACGGACCAACACAUGCACUGGAUCGAUGCUAAUAGACGCAGAUCCGGAGCGCUCACUGGCCUCGCAGAUUUGUUGUACGUCUCGAGCUCGAGUUGUUCUCUCAGAAGCCAUAGCCAGCACUCUGGGAUCGAUGUGAGGCUUUUUGGUGCAUGCGGCGAUGUUCAUCUUUUUCGUUCAACCUCCCGACUCUCACCACGCUUUACUCAAAAGGGCUGCCUCCUCCUCUUCCUCCUCCUCCUCCUCCUCUUCUUCCCUCCCCCGUCCUCCCACCUUGUCCUGCUUGUCCACAGCAGGACUGGCGAACACCUCCCGCUGACUUUGCUGCCGCUUUCCCUCCUCAGAAAACCUCACCUGUCCCCACCUGGAUCAUGAACACAAGCAGGAAACUUGCUCCAAUCACAUGACUCAAUCAGCACGUCUGCACUUUGUCUUUCCAGCCACGCGCCCUCCCCCUCCUCCCCCAACCCCUCUCUCAUGUGAUUAGUUGUUUUGGUUGGUCUUUCACCUCCCCUGCCUCGUAUCCUGCUUGUUGAGCUUUAAGUUUAUACGUGCUGCGUGUGUUAAGACUCAUGGACGGUCUGCAGUAAUUUAUGUCUGUGUACAAGUGUUUGUGUAUCUGCUCAUCGGUAACGUAAAGCCAAGACUCUUCUCGUCCUGUCUGUGUGUUUGUUUUGGAAGUGAACACUGUUUCCUCGCAGCUUGGGCCCUCUCCCUGCAGUUACCUGUGCUUUUGCAUCUCAGAGAUGAUUUUUUUUCUUCUCUUAGACCAACACAAAAACAGUCACACGGAUAUUUUCAUACGUACACUCGGUCACCAGUUAACCAGGCCCUGCUAGCUUCUUCUUUUUUUUUUUUUUUUCUAAACCUGCCACCAGACCAAACAUCUUACUGGGUAACCAUGGGAACGAACCAAGAGGACCACCAAUCCUCCUGACACACUCGCACACGCUUCCCCUCUGUCUUUUUGAGGGGCAUUUGUGUGUUUGUGAAAAGUUGCACUUAAACACACCAUCUACAUUCACACAGUAUCGACCAGUCUAAAGGCCUGUCCGUCAUGAGGCCUGUUUCCAGAUAUUGUUGUUUUUAAAUGGCUGUUCUUAUUAUUGCUAUCGUUGAUAUAUUGGUGAGAUGUUGUAUUUUCUUUCUUUCUUUGUUUUUUUCUUUUUACAUUAAAAAAAGGGAGUUAAAGUUGUAUCAUUUUUUAAAUUAGUAUGUUUUUAUUUGUAUUUUUCUUCCUUAUUUCUCUUAUGGGCGUGAUUAUUAUUGGCAGUGUUUUCAAUCUUUCUGAAACCUCUAUUUUUUUUUUUCUUUGAUUUCCCCUACAAGAUCUUAUGAGGAAUUAUUUUAAAAAAAGAUAUAAGUAGAUUGUCAAAGAGAUAUGAGUUAUUGAGGGUUAUAGUCUGUAUAUUCUAUGGGUAUUAUGAAUUAAACGAUUAACAAAAACAGAAUUAUAUACAUAUAAUUAAAUAAAAUUUCCUGAUACUGUUAAAACUCUU